AUGUGGCAAUACGCGUACAAGUAUUUGAAACAAUUUGAAAAAAUAGAUGGACCUAAAGCAUAUCCAAUAGUUGGAAACUAUUUUUUGAUUAAAGAUCCGAAAAAAAAUGUUGCUAUUUUCGACGAUUUUCCUAGGAAAUAUGGAAAGACCACAAAAUUAUUCGUUGGUAUGCACGCGGCUUUGGUAACAACUGAUGUGAAACUCCUAGAGGUGGUCAUGACUUCUCCAAACUUGAUAAAUAAAACAAAUGACUAUAUCAUGCUAUUCAAUCGAUGGCUGGGCGAUGGUCUUCUGAUCAGUUCAGGGGAGAAAUGGCGAGCGCACAGGAAAAUCCUAACACCGGCUUUCCAUUACAAGAUCUUGGAAGAUUUCAUCGAUGUGUUCGAAUCGCGAGGAAAGUUCUUGAUCGACAAUCUUCUGAAAGCCUCCAGCGAGGAUUGCGUGAACGUGCACAAAUUAUUCAGUCUCUAUACGUUGGACGUUAUAUGCGAUAGUGCGAUGGGAACAUCCGUGAACGUCCAGUGCAAUCCCGAUCACAAAUACAUGGAUGCGAUAGAAACAAUGUGCGAUAUUGCAUCGACGCGCCUUGUAAACCCGAUUUACAUCAGUGAAUGGAUGUACAAAUAUACAAAUCUCUACAAAACCGAGAUAAAAGCUCUGGAAACUAUUACAAGCUUUAGCCUCGGCAUCAUCGAGAAACGCAGACAAUUUUUAGAGUCGCGUCAUUCCGAUGAUGUUAACGACUACGACGAGUUUGGUAAACGAAGGAAGAUGACCUUCAUGGAUAUUCUGUUGAAGAGUACUAUUAAUGGUAAUCCUUUGACCAAUGAAGAGAUUCGCGAGGAAGUUGAUACUUUCUUAUUCGAGGGACAUGAUACUACUUCAGCGGCAAUAAGUUUCACCUGUUACAAUCUCUCAAAAAACCCGGAGGUGCAGAAACUGGUCUACGAGGAAGUUUGCCAAGUCUUACCACCAGAUCGUGCUGUUACAAUCACUGAUGUUCAGAAUUUAAAAUAUUUAGAGAUGGUGAUUAAGGAAUCUCUAAGACUGUAUCCAUCAGUCGCGUUAUAUGGAAGAGUAGUGGAUAAAGAAUUUGUCUACAAUGGAAUCAAAUUACCAAAGAAUUUAAGAAUAGGCGUAAACCUGUACUCUUUGCACAGAGAUCCCGAUGAAUUCCCGGAUCCCGAGAAGUUUAAUCCUUUAAGGUUUACAGCUGAUGAACAGUCUAAACGCCAUCCGUUAGCUUAUAUUCCUUUCAGCGCCGGUCACAGAAAUUGUAUAGGACAAAAAUUCGCUAUGCUUGAGCUGAAGUCGGCCAUAGCUAAAGUGAUUCAAAACUUUGAGUUGCUUCCUGUACCUGGAUACACACCCCAACUAACUUCCAAGGUCACGUUGACCUCAGACAAUGGAAUCUGCGUUAAGUUGAAACCUAGAAGUACUCACGAAAAAUUGUAA